AUGCCGCUCCCAAUUCAGAUCGCGCACAAGCCGAUUGGCAAGCCGGAAAUCGGAGUCAACAAUUAUCAAGGCUUCACCCCGGGCCGCACCGAAGUCCUUCCCAAGGGCUGGAACGGGUACAACGCGAAGCCUCUCGAGAGCGACAUUCGAAUCGACCACGACGUUGAAAUCAAGGUCCGAGAUGGGUGCAGACUCUACAUCGACGUGUACCGCCCAGCGGACGCGACGGAGAAGAUCCCGGCCAUCGUCGGCUGGUCUCCCUACGGCAAGAAGUACAGCGCUUUGACGAUGUUGCCUAUGACGCCGUGGUCUUGCUGCGUCAAGAAGAGCGAUCUCAGUGGACUUGAGAAAUUCGAGGGCCUGGAUCCUCAGAGGUGGUGCCCCAAGGGUUACGCCAUCAUUAGCGUCGACAGCAGAGGUGCUGGCAACAGCGACGGCCAGGUCCCCAUCAUGGGUCUGCAGGAUGCUGAGGACGCAUACGAUGUCAUUGAGGCCAUCGCCAAGAUGGAUUGGUGCAAUGGCAGCGUCGGCAUGGCUGGCAACUCUGCCCUUGCCAUCGCUCAGUGGCACGUAGCCUCCCUCAAUCCUCCGUCGCUGAAGGCCAUCGCACCUUGGGAGGCGAGCGGCGAUCUGUUCCGCGAGCAGUUUGUCAGGGGCGGCAUUUUCUCCAUGAGCAACUUCGACCUCAUCACAAGCUUGAUCAUCAAGGGAACUUCAGGUGUUGAGGACUUUGCCGAGAUGUACCGCCGCAGCCCUUUGUCCAACAUCUGGUGGGAGGACAAGCGCGCAAACAUGAAGGCCAUCAACAUUCCUGCAUACAUCUCGGGAUCCGACUUCAGCUCCAUCCACACUAUGGGCAGCAUCAGAGGUUUCAUGGAGCUGGGCUGUGAAAAGAAGUGGAUUCGCUGGAGCGCUUGGCAGGAGUGGUUUGAUCUCUAUAGCGUUCCCGAGACGAACGAAGAUCUUGCAAAAUUCUUUGAUAGGUACCUGAAAGGCAUCGAAAACGACUGGGAGAAGACACCCAAGGUUCGCUGGACAUCCCUCAAGUUCGGCGACCGAGAGCCCGAAAGCGAUAUCCUCUUCGAAGACUUCCCUCCUCCGAAUACCGAAUACAAGAACUUCUACCUCGAGAACGGCGCCUUGUCUGAGUCAGUCCCAGCAAGUGCAUUAAAGGCGUCGUACAACUCCGAGGACGGGAACUCCCUAGCCAAGUUCACAUACACCUUCGACAAGCCCUCGCGCCUGAUUGGCAUUCCCAAAGCAGUUCUCUACGUGUCUUGCCCUUCUCACGACGACAUGAACGUCUUUGUCAACAUCCGCAAGCUCGAUAAGGACGGCAACCCAAUGAUGCAUCUGUGCUUCCCAUUCUGGGCAGCCCCCGUCAAGUCGAUUCAUGACAUCGCCCCGAAGGAGCGAAGCAGUACGAACCUGCACCUUGGCUCGGUUGGCCAGCUGAGGGCAUCGCACCGCAAGAUCGACCCGUCGCGUUCGAUUCAUCCCCAGUUCCCCUUCCAUCCGCAUGACGAGGAGCAGAAGAUUCCACCUGGCGAGAUUGUAGAGCUGGAGAUUGGCAUCUGGGCUAUGGGUGUGGACUACGAGGCCGGCGAGUCUGUACAAGUUCAGAUUGGCGGGCAAUUUCCCUCUAUUGCGGAGUACAAGGCCUUCUCGACCGAGCGGCCCGAGCAUGAAAGGAAUAAGGGCGAGCAUUUUAUCCACUGCGGUGCGGAACAUCAGAGUCGGAUUAUCUUGCCGUUUAUUCAAUGA